AUGCCGAGGAAUUAUAAAAGAAGACUUGGAUCACUCCGUUACGUGGAUUAUGCCCCAGAGAUCCUAGAAGCUGCUCUCAAAAAGAUGGUAGAAGAUGGAUGGUCCCUCCGUCAAGCAUCGGCUGCACAUAAUAUCCCUUUUGGUACCCUUCGGAAUAAGUAUAUGGGAAUCAGAACUCUAAAAUCUGAAGGUCAAACAGUUUUUUCAAAUGCGGAAGAGCUUGCCUUCGUAAAAGCAGUAACUAUUUGUUCAGAUUGGGGAUUCCCACUUACGCUUACUGAUUUGCGCUAUAUAGCUAAAAGCUAUCUGGAUAGUCAGGGUCGCAAUAUUGGAAAGUUUAGAGCAAACAUGCCUGGAACAGAUUGGGCUCGUUCUUUCUUACAACGACAUAAGAAAGAUAUUCGCCAAAAAGUUGCAUCGAACAUCAAGAGAGCUCGGGCCAAUGUUUCAAGGGAAGAUAUAGUCCAUUAUUUUGAAAAUUUGAGUGAAACAUUAAAGGACAUCCCAGCUUGUAAUAUAUUCAACUAUGAUGAAACAAAUGUGCAGGAUGAUCCCGGAAAACAAAAAAUGCUGUUUCGGCGCGGCACAAAGUACCCUGAAAGGAUAUGCAACUUUACCAAAACUGCUACUACCAUAAUGAUGUGCGGGUCGGCUUCUGGUGUGCUGCUUCCACCAUACGUUAUUCAUAAGGCUGAGAAAAUGUGGAAGCAGUGGAUUGAGCUUGGUCCCAAGGGCGAGCCUUGCUGCAACAAUAGAUGCUGCAGUGUCGGCUCGCGAUAUAAUCGGACCCAACAUGGAUGGAUGGACGCUCAAACGUUUACAGAUUGGUUUGAAUCAGCUUUCCUUCCUCAUGCAAAAUCUCUUCCUGGUCGGAAAGUGUUAAUUGGAGACAACCUGUCUUCCCAUUUCACAGAAAGCGUUUUAAGACAGUGUGGAGAAAACGAUGUCGCUUUCGUUUGCCUCCCAAAGUGUUCGACCAAUCUCACUCAGCCAUUAGAUGUCGGAUUUUAUCGUCCUUUUAAGAUAGCUUGGAGGUCUUCCCUAACAAAAUGGAAGAACACUCAUCUUCAUCAAUCUACUCUGGAUAAAAAGGAUUUUCCCAGUCUAUUAGCUUCUACUCUUGUAGAAACGAACCAAAAACAUAACAAUGCUAUAAAGGAAGACUUGAUAAGUUCAUUUCGUGCAACUGGUAUAGCUCCUCUGGAUGCUGAACGGGUUCUGCGAAAAAUUCCAAGCCAAACUACUGAUACGAAUACUGAAGAUGCGCUGGGCAACGUUAUUGUAGGAUAUCUGCAACAGCAGCGAUUCAUGGUAGGGCCAUCAAGAAGGAAUAUGAGGCGUCAAAAGCUGUCUGUAGACUCUGGGAAAAGUGUUGUUCCAAAUGAAGAAUCGAGUGACUCGGAAACAAACGACGAUCCUCAUACUAAUGAUAGCUCCAGUGAAAACUCAUUAGAUACCAUCGCCGAACCGGAAACCGAAUACUUUGAAUUAAGACAAAGAGAUAUAUUUCCUGGCAAAUUUCUUGUAGUUAAAGUGCUUUAUCCAGCUGGCGAUAGUAAAAUAGAAAUAAUGAAUACCAAAUAGUAUCAUUAAAAAACGUAAUAAAUAUUGUUUUGGAGACCAUAGCGUGGCCACAGCCUGAAAUGAGUACCUAAGUUUUACAAACCACCUUGCAUGCUGGGGCAUCUUGUCUCAUACCUGUAAUGAUCUACUAUCAGUAGCUAUUACCAGAAUUACUACUACUGCUACUACUACCACUACUAUCUUGUUAUCUGGUUACUUAGCAUCUACGGACACACCUAUGAAACUGCACUUUUCACUUAUUUCAUCCCUCAGAAACACUAGACGAUUUUACGUCGGCCACGUGUUUUGCAAGACAUC